AUGAUGGAGUGCAAUAAAGUGGCUUACAACUCUGGCCUACGCUUGACAAAUCAUCGUCCUUCCAUGCCCAUGCUAUCGAGUGGUCCCGGAAGUUUUCCGCCCACACUCGCUGAGGGUGUCCAGUUGCCCAGACCUACUACAAAGUAUGCCAAAGAAGCGCUACGGCCUUUGCAACAGAGACCGUCCUCUUUGAAAAAGUCCACCGCUAACUCCCCUGGCACCUGCCCGAUGCUGCGAAGUCUGGUCAUUCUGAAUCCAGUGCCAGUGUGUGACGCUCCCACGCCUGUCGUAACGGCACCGCCGCAGCCACCACCACUUAUGCCCGUCUUUUCUCCGAUUCAACAGGAUUGUUUCGGACAGGCCACUGCCACUGCCCUUCAGCAUCCCCCCUCCAUGCUAUUUGCUUGUUCGCCCAUGGAUUACGCCGCGCGCUUCUAUGUCAAUGGAAGCAUCUCUCAGGUCAUCGAGGGCCGGGCUGCUGGUAAGAGAUAGCACACUUGCAGCGAACGUUUUUUGAACCAGCCAUCACUUUCAACCAUCAGAGAUUGUGUGCAGGGUCACAAACGAUUGUUUGGGCGUUUUUACUGUCCUCCCUCCCUCCUGCGGCUCAUUUUCAUCGGUUUUUUACAAAGAGUGCUUAUCUUUGGCACAGUACCCUCGUAAAACCUACCCCAUUAGAAUGAUGAUUAACGUCAAAUUCAAUGGGAAAGUGUCGGAGUACUAGUGCAGACUUGAAACAAGAUUAUCUCACUUUUCAUUCGCGUCGAUUAUAAUGUAAAUGCAAUUACCUGAUAGCUGAAGUGUAUUUCGUGUCAUGCCACUUUGGACGAAUGUUUACUAUUCCUGUCAAAUAUUGCUCACCGUUUAGACCUUAAGGUACACUUUUGCGACAGCCACAGGGCACAUACUUGCGGGAAUCUUUCCAGUUUUGAAUCUUGCGAGGGGAAGUCUUCCAUGACUAUGAUUGGCAUAGUUGGCGGAACACGCUUAAAAACGCAAAUACUUAUGUUAAGGGUCUAAAGCUCAAGGAAACUGUUAGUCCUCCAAUUCAGUGGGGUGACAAAAUUCUGCGCUAAAGUUCGUUUAGCUUCAUGCAUAUUGAGAUUGGAAGUAAUCCUCGCUACCUUAGUCAAUCCCCACUGGAGUCUCAAAAUACCGACCAUUCCACGUCAGAAGUGUAGAGGUUACCAAAACUGUCCUUCGUAUUCUUGUUUUCAUGCUUGAUGCAAACUAGUGUGCUGUGUUGUUCGUAAUGAAUUAUUUUCCGUUAUCUGGGCGCAUAGGGUGCGUACACGUUUCUCACGCGGACUACUUCAUGAAAUCGGUUUCACUACCGUCAUCCGUUUAUGCAAAUUAAAAAGGAGUAAAAGCACCUUGUUCCAAGACCUUCCUAGUUUAAAAUCGUUCUUUUCAUCCAGAAAUUAAUGCGCAACUAUUUCUUCUCCUUGGAAAUUUCCGCGGAGAUAAAUACUCGUUUCAAGAUUCACGCACAACAGUUCGACCACCGUGACCGAUGACAUUCACCGUAUGCUCCACGGCAAUUUUAAAGUAGAGACGGUGACUUGCGUGAGUUAGUUUAACUAUUGUACAUUGCGCUGCAUCUGCCGCACUUUUUCCUCCUUCCCCACUUAGACCCGGAGUCAAGAAUACAGAAGGCGAGAGAGGACGCAGGUAGCUGGCACGACAAGAAACCCGCAGCUAGGUUUACCAACACACACCCUGGUCCGCAACGUACACUGACCAGGAUUUUAUGCAACAACAAAAGAGUGGGCGCGGCUCGGACCCCAACUGGCGCGGCGUGAGCGUGCACGUGGGCGUGCCGUAACACUCUUGUUAGGGAUGCACAUUCCUAGUAGCGCCUGCCGGACCUCGAUCUAGCUCUCGUGUCGGAACAGGGUAUCUACUGCGUCGCCCGUUGUAGGCCGACGUUGCGUCGUGAUCGACGAUGUCCACAGUUCGCCCCGCGACGAGAUGACUUACGCCUGCAUUAGAUUAUAGUGCUAUUAGAUUUGCACUGCAUCUUUGUCAUUCUCUCCUCCUUCCCCACCUGGGCCCGGGGUCGAAGCAUAGUCGAGAUGACCAAAGAUGACAGAGGGCGCAGGUGGAUGGCAUAGUGAACGAUGCCGCGCCAAGGCGUACGACCACGAUCCCUGGUCCACAACAGACACUGAGCAGGAUUUCAUACACCAACACAAGAAAAAAUGGGGACUGCUCGGAAUUCAAAUUGACGCCAGGGCCAGGGCGGCCUUUAGGCAUGCCGCCGUGCCUGUCUCGGAUCUCACGGAGUGGGAGUGGCAUAGAGGCCACGUUAUGGAGGAACCAUUGCAGUCUGACUCUCAGAUCACCAGUCGACCACCCCACACAAGCACAUGAACUCGGCCGACCGCGAGGUCCGAGUUAUCCCGUCAGUUGGUAGCCUUCCAAGCCGUGACUUCAAGCGAGCCCUGGUGGUCUGAAAACGCGUCCCACACUUCGCGGCUAGGUAUGACCAACUGACGAAGGCUAACAAACUGGAAACCGUCAUUCCAGUUUCCCGUGCCUUUGUUGGUGAUGCUAUUCCGUCUACAUCACGCGCCGCUGUUCGGUUGCUGGCGGGGCUCGAGGGAGAGCCCUAAGGCACAACGUGACAAGUGGGUCCCGUAGCUCUAUUGGUGAGCGCCCUUCUACCAUUGCAUAUAUAUGUGUGUCCACAUAUGUAUUGGCAAGUGAACAUCCAAAGAAAUGUAAUUCUAAGUCAGAUAUGUUCUUUUUUAAAGAAUGCUUACGUAGUUCUUCGAUUACGAUUCCUCAGGCCUUCGCCAGCUGCUGUCAAAAACAGUUGGCACUGUACGUAAUCAUAAAAACUAAUAACCGUUUAUCAUUUGGCGCAAUCGACUCCCAGGCCCUGAAAACCCGUGGUUGGGUAUGACUGGCUGACGACUGAUAGUAAGCUAGAAAUAGCCACACCAGUCUCCAUUGCUUCUGUCGGUAGUUCUCAACGCACAUAUAUGUCGAAAUUGCACUCCUCAAAGAGGCCAUAUAGGAGGUGCGCUGAGUGAAGACGGUCCGCCUAGGUGCAGGCCCAGGCUUCGCCGUUAAUUGUGCAGAAAUCCAAAAUCAGAUAGCUGACCGACUUGGACAGCCGAACGGUGCACUGAAGAAGGAAGAGGGAGAGCGAGCUUGUCACCGUGGAAUGCUUUCCUACAGCACCUCAGUGCAUUCCUCACUUUAAAAGAUAUGACGCGCUUAAAAUCAUGAUGACCUGCUAAAAGUGUAAUUUGGACUACCGCUAAUCUACUGGGUAACUCGAUCCACGCAGGAUGGAGUGCCGUGUUCCAAUGGCUCCUUCCAUCGGGAUUUGAUCAGAGCCGCCCAUUUAGCUCUGUGGAAUUCCGGCCCAUCGUGCGCGGACCAGAUACUGUGUGGAAUGCAUCGACCAGCUGUUUAGCUUUGUCCGCCACUGCGCCUGAUACCACAUCGGGUCGUCCUGACUCCGUCAAGGUGGUGGGGGAGGAAAGAGUGCGGUUGGUGCAACGCAAGUCACCGGUGCUGCGUCCGCCACACUGCGGGGCACACAGUGGACAUCGCUUUCCACGACGUUCGAACUGACGUUGGAAUUCCCCGGACACAUGUUUCGUCUACGUUUCUACGGUUAAAUGCCGGAACAGCGGCCGUUUCGGCCACCAGUAGAAUUCGCGCGGACGCUACCUGUGGUUUCUAUAUGUGUGAUCCUGGUACAAACGCACUAGGAAUUUCAAAAAUUAUAAAGGCAGUAGUUCAGAAUUACUUGUGGGGAUCGCAAUCUCUUUGUGUCAGUCUUGAGGUUAUAGUGAACAUUUCAGCGAAAUUGGUCAACUUCUAUAGAGUAACUGGAGCGUGCGCGAUGCUCAAAAUCAACCACGUGUGCAGGGGUGACGCAGCUCACGUUUCCAGUUUCUUAAUUUCUAAGCAACGCCGACUAAUUCGACUGAUGCAGCCGCCUCCACAUGAACAAGUGAAGGAAGAGGUGGUCUGACCGGUAAACGUAGACCUUCCUUCCCACUUAUAAUGGAGUUAGUUGAGAAUAAUUCCCAGAAUUUAGCUGCCGAGAAGGUCCAUAUGACAGCUUGGUCUAAGCGUCUCCUCAGAAAUUCAAUCUGUAUGUAGCAUCGAGGUGGAACCUGGAAUUAUCUAGUGACUGAGUUGCGACUAGAAGUUUUCAGUCGAGUGUGUAGUUUUGUAUGUGCGGUGCUUUAAAUCUCAAACCCACGAUGUUUUAAAUUUAGGGGGGAAAUCUAGUAGUGUGCAUGUUUCGUAGACAAAUCGGUUGAUUUCCUUCCGACCAAAUCUUUUCUGUCGUAACAGUUUCUACUUAGGCGCCAACACUUGCUACCUUCUGACUUUACUUUGUGAGACUUAUUGUGUGCCACUAGUGCAAAUCGAAUUAACAUUUGACAGGCUACCCGCUGCCGCAUGGACCCCAUCCCUUGACACCUCAUUCAGUCUUCCCGAACGGGGGUGAGUCCGUGUCAGCUGACCGUGCACCCCUCAUCUACACACCCGACCUCUCAACCAGACGGUCCGUGCCGCGUACCUUCGAGGCCACCCAUUCGCCCGCCGCCGCCCCCGGGGUUGGGAUGCCCUCAGUCUCGCGGUCCCCGCCACCGCUGCCACCCCGUUCGCUCCGCCGCCCACGGUCAUCCAGUCAGAAUCCCCACCGGGGCUCCAGAGGGACCCAGGGACCCCCGCUGCCCCCACCGCCCUCCAGGAGUACACGCGGCUCCACGGCUGUGAUGGUACCGGUUGCAGGCGGUGAGGGGAUCCGGCUGAGACAGGCCGCCAGUCCAUCUCCUGUUCCCACUGGCAGGACCAAGAAACAUUCUGGAACUGCCAGGUAUGCAGUGGCUCACACAUUCUACCAUGUUUCCGCCUACCUUUUGCUCAAGGCAUAAUGUCUUCUAUAAAGCCCUGGCAACCAUUAGGAAUCUGCGAAAAUGCUCCUUUCCGGACUGCAAUUGAACUAUGAAGAACGUAUGUUUUCUAUAAUUCUUUAUGUAGUCAGUCUGAGUAAACAAAUAGCUGAAUUUCUGGAAGACCUAUGAACAUUUGUCCUAGGGGGAUGAGGGAUCGCAUGCUGAGAAGAGGCAGUUGGGUUAGUAACGGGUGCAGAUCUGUGGGUAGGGAAGUAUAAAGAGAACGGAAAGAACCUAUUAAUAUAGGCGAGUCAGGUAGUCGUUGAAUGGCCUUCAAUUCGAUAAAGCCGUGCCAAAUUAUUCCGCAUUCAGAUUAGUGGGCUCUCUAAUCUGAUUGCACUAGCCUUUGUUGACUUGAGUGGCAAGUCUGUGAUCAACGGAUCGUUCGAAAAACGUCAAUGCCCCCUCGAUGAGCUAUGUCAGUCAAGUACACUGGAAGUGAGAUGGUAGUGUUUUUCAUUUCAUUCCUGAAGAUGCCUGGUCGCUCAACCCAUCAGUCUCCCCAAUGGGCACAAGCGCAGAAGUGGACACAAACAGAAGUAGUAUGAAAUGGUGAAGGGCGAAGGAGGGGAGAACCAGAGAGAGAAAGAGAUUCACGGUUCCGUAUCCUUACACAUAGGAUAUCGUGAAAGAAAUGGUAAUUCAGAGCGUUGAUAUGUCGGGAGUCAAUUUCAUGGAGCAGAUAUGCUUCAAAGCAACCGAUACACAGUGAAGGAGAUGGAUAACAUCAUCUAGCAUUUAAUCAACAAAUUGUUUGACCAUUGUGAACUGUCGUUAUGCUAUUAUAUCGACCAAUUGACAUAAUAAACACUGGUAAAGACGGAGGCGUCUUAAAAGGAGCAUAUCUUUUUUGAACAAAGAGAGCCGAUAACUAGUCAAAACGGACUCGAUAAGAAAUGACUACAUACUUUAUUUUACUGGGAUUGUAUAACUUAGCAGAAUGUAAAAUGAUACAACUUUCGAAACAUGACAAAAACUUAUACGGUUGAUAAUGCUAUUGUCAUGCCUUCGUGUGUGUCACCUCUUACAUACCUGAAAUGCCUCCAUAGUUUACAUUUCUUAAGAAGAAAAAAUGAACAUCUUAAUUGCAAUCAAAAAUGAGUAGUGGGUCAUUGCUUAAGGUGGAGCCGGAGAAAGCACAAGCGACGAGGUCAAGUAGAUGUAUAGAAAAGAAAAGCUAUGGACAAUGUGCGGUUGUACUUUGAGUGGUUGCGAAAUAGUUGCCCUAACCCUAACCCCUGACUCUAACCCCUAACCCCAAAUCCAACAGUAUUGUGUUCAUCAGGUGGGGCUGCAUACCCACAUCUUACCAUUAUUUCGAUCUACUGAGCCGAAAAAGCAGUUUUUUAAUCGGUUUGCCUGCCUACUCUGAUCGAUGUUCUUGCCCCCCCCCCCCCCAUUUCUGUUCCCUCUCCUAUGCUCCUCCGUCUGUUCCAACUGCAUUCCUUCCCAUCUAUCUUUGUUGACUAAACCUCACUAUGACGUUCACAUAAGCGCCAAACGACCCAGUUCACUGAAUCCUCCGCACGAUGAUCGGCCGUCCUCAGAGUGUCACCGUGGUUACGGCCUCAAGCCCCCGGUGUCCCCUUCGGGGGCGCAUCCACGAGAUACAGCCGUUGUCCCGGCCCAGCCUUCGGAUUUCAUACGCACCAGAAAGUCUCCCUCGCCCGGGGCGCUGGCGUUUAAGGGGCUCCAGAGGACAGGACGCUCCAGACCACAGCAUCUCCCUGAACCACCAGUGCCCCCACCCCUCCUCUCUCGACAGAGUCGGCGCACAUCCCUCGAAAGACCGAAAACUCCGGACAGGGAGAACUUCCGACAGCCUCUGCCCUACAGGGUACGUAUCUCUGCCAGUCUAUGCAGCAUUAUGUUUUUCAGAGUUUAGCAUGAUCCGAAACACCGAACACAUUGUAAGUUAGGAAAUGAAUGUGCGCAAACCUCUUCCCCGUUCCCCUAACUCUGUGCAUCGUCGUUACGAUAUCCAGAUGAAGAGGCACGACCUAGACCGUUUUCCUGACAUCCUAUUAGUCAUUACCCUUCGAGAUUGGUUAUCUGUAAAACCGCGCGCCUUCCUACCGCCUGAGUGUUAAACUAAGCGGGUUCCAUUCGUCACAUCCUUUAUACCGUAAAAUAAACUUUGGGCGCCAAUUCGAUCUUUUCCCUCUUGAGUAGAACUGACUGAAAGCCUCCCAAACAGGACAGUCGAUGUAAAACCGCCUGCAAUACGGGUGGCUUUGGGCCAACUUCCACUGAAAUUAGCGUUAGGCCUAUGGUGAGGGUUGGGUUAAGGAUUAGGUUUAAGGUUAUAUUUAAAGUUAACGGCAGGUUAAGUCAAGGCCAAGUCUAAGGUUAGCGUAGGGGCUAGUGUUAACUGCAGAGUUAAGGUGUUGGGCAGCAUAAAGGUCAAAACAGCGGUUUGGUUUUAUAUUGGGGUUAUUGUUGGAGUUAGGACACAAGGAUAUUUUGCCCUUCCCAGAAUUAUGCACAGAUCCACCUUUAUUAAUUGGGCGAAGCGGUCCUAUUCCCAUGCCCUUUUUAGGGGGCCGUAUAAAUCAGUCCUACUCCUUUUCGUAUGCUUAAAAACGCAAGGUCUCCCUUCUGCUAAGGCGUCCCACCCGUACAACCCCUCUUACCACCAUUUUCGCAUUACGGGUGGCAUUUGGCCCUUUCUAAUCCAUCAGUAAAAGCAAUUCUGAUGGCGACGUAGGAAGCUGUUGUUAUGUACCAGCCAUACGUUUCGUCGCCGUCAGCGCUUUCUUCACAUUUUUGAAAAGUGUAAAGGCGCUAGAAGGGAGAGUAGCGUAGGGUCUUAAACCAAAUAACAUUCGAACCCCCUUAAGCUUUUCGGUCUUUUAUUCAGCUAAAUAAUGACACCUGGUAUGGUUCUGUAAUAUAACGGGCAGUUCCAUGCCAAUCUGUCGUUGAUGUUCCGUCAUCAUCCUGCCAUCCACCAACGCUGGGUAGCGGGCGCCUGAGGUACGAAUCUGGUUGGCGAGACGGUUGAGCUCAGCGUCUUACCAAUUGAGCCAUAGGCAAAAUACUUAUCCGCUGAAAGCGAGGAUGCUUCAAUUUGCCAAGUUUUGGCGUUCACCGACUUGACUUGCCUCUAGAGUAGAGCACGUAUAUACCGUUUUGCAUCUCAUCUCUGAUUUACAGCGAAAUAGACCGAAGUUCGAUUCCCGAGUUUUCGCGGUUCGUGAUUGGUCUGCGCCUAGCUGGUUAGGGCAAGUGAACUAAUCGCGACCAAUUCAGUCUCCCUGGCCUUUUUCGAUAUUACUAAUCGAUUAUCGAUUGCCCCUCGCUGUGUGACUACCUGAGGGGUCUCUGAACCCAAGUUCAUCUUUCGCUGACCUCUAUUUGUUCGUAAUGUUUGGCACUUUAAACAUUCGGAUGAGAUUUAAUUUGCUUUGUUUACUUCAGAAUUCCUCAUUUCACCUUUGACUAUCGAUUCUUAGGUCUUUCCAGCUGGAGAAGGCAGACAACAUUCGCCAACUUACGCUUCGUCUGAAGAUGAGGACGAGGAGGGCUGCGCGACAGACUACUCUUCCGACUCCGACUCCAGUUCCACCUUCUCGAACCUCGACAGUUUCUCCGACGGCGACCUGGACCCCAUUGUGUCCCCAGUCUGUCCUCAGAAGAGUCUCCUGGAUCGACGUCUGACACCCGAUCUAGACACUCCAUCACCGCAAACUCAUCCCCGCGUUCCGACUGCGUCCACGGGCAGACCACGGCAACGGUCGCCUUCACCAGCCUCAUCACCACACCCUCUGCCAGUCUGCCCCUCAGUAGUGAAGCCGGUGUUGCCUGCCGUCUACCGACGCUUCAUUGAGCAGAAGUUUGCCAAUGUUGGUCGAGUACACAAGGAGCGCGAAGAGAGACAGGCUCGUCUGGAGGCUGAGAUGGCCCUAAUGGGCUUGAGCGAGGCCUCGCGAGCCCAGAUGCGCAAGAUGUUACAGACAAAGGAGUCAAACUACAUGCGCAUGCAGCGGGCCCGCAUGGACGAGAGCAUGUUCAUACGGAUCAAACGCCUCGGUGAGCGCGUGUGUGUGUAUGUGCCUUUGUUAGGUCAAAGGGUCUGAAAGCGUGUGCUAUGUCAAUAUCAGCAAACCAUGGCCAUCGCAGCCUGGUAUGCGCUGGCAGUCCCCUGACACCUGGUUCUCUACCGGUAGAUGCGCAAGCGCUCCCACAGUGCAUACGGGUGGUAGAAAUGGCUGCCCAGUCAACCUCGUCGCUCUGGCCCCUGUCGGAGUGUUGUUGUUGGUGAAAUAUCCUGGUCAAGUGUAUGUUGUGGAACAGGGCGUGGGGCGGCACGCCUAGGUGUGUGUCCGGCCGUGCCAGACACCUGUGCCCUUCUCCACCUCUGGUUUUCUUUACUCUGUCUUGACAGUGAGUCCAGGUCGGGAGUGAGGACGAGGGAGUGCGGUAGAUGCUGCUCAAGUCACCGUGCCUGUUGCACCUUGGUGUGUAGCACACGGUGGACAUCGUCGGAAUCGGCGGUCGAACUGUCAUGUUCAGCCUUGUCAGCCACCGCAGCCACAUCCACUUCUGAUCGUCUUAACAUUGUCUCGCCAUCGGAGCAAAAUGGAUGAAGGAGGAGGUGGCGAAGUAAACACUUUGCAAGUAUGCCCCACUGUAAAUUAAUCUACGCGAAAUGUCCGCUGCGUCCACUCUGUUUGACACGCAGCAGACGUCGUCGUUUAGGCGGUCAAAUUGUCUAUUAGCAGUAAACCGAACAAGCUGGCAGAAUAUGCGUGCUCUGUCAACAGAACGCAAAAUGAAACAUCAAAGCGCCCGAGCGGAUGGUCGACGUGAGGAUCAUCCUAUUUCAUGGGAAAGACGAAUUUUGUCCAAAUUACCAGCUUAAUCAAGAUUAGUUGUACCUUACCAUUUGGUAGCCGCUGUUCACGUUUUGCGUUCAGCAAUAUUGCCUGGUUGCUAGGCGGAGUUUUGGUAUUUCGCCCCGCCGUAGAGAUCCGCCGCAGAGUCGUCGGAGGCUGCAUAAUCGUGAAGAACUAUUAUUAAAAACUACCACCGACUGCACCGAGCAUAAUGGCCUUUUCCGGCUUAUUUGUCUGCCCUCCGUGGCAAAAUGGGACGCCCAUAUCGACUUUCCCAAUUAAUUCAAAUGCGUGGGAGCCGAUAUCAAACGACUUUAGGCAUUCCUAUAGGUUGCUACAACGCGUGAACCUCUGACCCAAAUACCAGAGUUCCAGUCCCAGCUAUCAACCCAACCCGGCUCUGCUAGGGUUGUGGUUUGUUUGCAAUAGAAAAUAUGUCAGAAGUGAUCAUUCCAACCUCCCUUAUUUUUCUCGAUAUCAAUCGCGAUUAACGAAAGUGUGCCCUGGGAAUGGGACCGAUCGGGAAGCCUCCAACCACGCAGAAUAACGCGAAUUCUCAUGAUUACCCUUACACGGACCUCUGACGGCGUCUUCUGUAUCGUUUCCGUUGGAGCGCUAUCUUACAGACUUGACAGCGAGGGUUCCAUCACUGUCCAGGCAACGAGGCAUGCCCAUCCACUUUCUUGCACAGGCAAUCUGAGCAUCAGUGCGAUGUCUGUUCAAGAAUUCUCGAUCUCUGUACAUCAUUCAGAUUAGGAAAAUCUAAGAUUUGCCUAGGGCCCCGCAGUGUCAUAACGAGCCUUACGGCUGCCAAAGACUGAGCGUCGCGUCGUGAUUGGCUGAGCGUUGAAGAACACAAGUUACCCACUCCAGAUGAACACCGAUUAUUUUCCUCUGUCGUCACAUCAACCGUAUUGAAAUACCAGCUAGUCUGUGGGAGGAAGAGGCUCAAAACGAUGUACAGUGAGUGACCGAUCUCAUGAGAUGUUGGCUGAAAUUCUGAACUGCGUUUUCAAUUGGGAAAGAUUGCUUCGUCGCGGCUGUAAUACAGAUUAUCUUGCGGCAUAAUCUUAUAACAUUUCGGACUCGGCAGGAUGUCAGCUUUUGAAUAAACUGCUUUACGAUUGCCUGCAGGAAUAGUACUCGGUAAAAAAUGACUACUUACGUAGCAUGCAUUUUUCCCAAUGCUUUUCGACGGUCUUGCAAAUUCAAAUAUAUCUUAUAGAAACCAUAAACAAAAGUAUGCUUUUCUUCAGUCAAUUAAUAGAGAAUUACGUCUUCUUUAUAUUUUAUGCUCAAAGAAGGAGUAUAAUAAGGUUUUAAAAAAUUUUCCAAUUAUGAGAUUUUUAAGAUCACAUAGCAUCGUACCUCCCCGUUUACCACAGCUCCUCAUGAGAUGUACAACAUAGUCCGCAUCCAUUAAAAAUUUUAUGGACUCUGUAUGAUCUCUUUUUAAUGGUAUGGAAAAAUAUUUGAGUUUCCUUAUACGGGUUGCAUGCACCUUGUAGACUGAAAUCACUAGGCGCUACUGCAACGAAUGAUCAGGCUCCAAGUUAUUCGGCAAUUAGAAAACUUUUUUAAAACCUAAUUAUACUCCUUCCUUGAGGAUGAAAUAUAAAGAAGACGUAAUUUCCUAUUAAUUGACUGAAGGAAAGCAUACUUUUGUUAAUGGUUUCUAUAAGAUAUAUUUGCAUUUGCAAGACCAUGGAAAAUCAAUGAGAAAAAUGCAUGCUACUUAAGUAGUCAUUUUUACCGAGUAAGGUUCCAACAGGAGAUUGAAAAGCAGUGUUUUCAAAAGCUGACAUCCUGCCGAGUCUGAAAUGUUACAAGAUUCUACCGUAAAAUAAUCAGUAUUACAGCCGCGACGAAAUCAUCUUUCCCAAUCGACAACGCAUUUCAUAAUUUCAGCCAACAUUUCAUGAGAUCGGUCACUCACUGUAAGCAUUAGCCUUCCGAUCCGUUCUUAUUACCCGGUUUCACGCAGUAAUGUAAGGGUGAGGAGCUCGGAUAAGGGGAAGUAUCGCGGCUGAUUGUUUUGAUGACAGCUUCCCGGCUGGUAGCGUGCACACGAGUUAAUAUUUGAACCUCCAGUUUAACCCCCUCGUGCAUCCUUGGUGCAAAUACCUAUGGCGCGAAUGUGUCGGCUGGGCAGCUUACAUCAGAGCUCUCUUGCCUAAAUGACUUACUAGACCGUCAAGGGUUGUGUAACGGCAAACCGACGAUGUUAAACAUGCCAGAAAUGACCUCAAAGUCGCCCCUGUCUGUGUUUGUAAUUCUUUCGGAUUACCUAGGGUUGCACGCUAAGGAAUCGGUCAAUUUACUCAGACCGAAUCACGUUACUUCUAAAGAAGAUAUGACAAACGCAACCGGCCUUCUGCCAGAGUACCUAAUCAAAUGUUUUUUCCGUAUGUGGACGCUUUCUUUCCUUUCAUACUUUAGGCGUGGGAGCAUUUGGUUGGGUAUGGCUUGUACGUAAGAAGGAGAACCGUCAACUCUAUGCAAUGAAGAUCCUUAAGAAACAGGAUGUCGUCCGACGGCGGCAGCUUGCCCACGUCCAGGCCGAACGCGACAUCCUCGCCGAGGCGGACAGCGAAUGGGUGGUCAAACUCUUUUUCUCUUUCCAAGACUCACAUGCACUCUACCUGGUCAUGGAGUAUAUUCCCGGUGAGUUGUGCUCUCCACUUGUCUUCUAUCGCUUCUUUUCCCUCUGCUUUUGCCUGCGGUCAUUCUACUUGGGGUGUCAGCCUGUCGUCAGUCUACCCAGGCGAAUUCAACCAUUAUAUGAUGGCAGGACCACACAUAUAGGUGGAUUCAGACAACGAUGUAUUGGGUUUAUUCAGCCAACAUUCGGCCACAUAUUAUCUUGGCUAGAAGUUGGGAUCACACGUGCGAACGUACGCGCACGCACACACAGCGCAAAUGGCCUAUAGACGGGAUCAAUCAUAUGGGGCGUACGCGCUCCCACAAAUUCGAAGCUUCUUUGCGGGGGGGAAGAUCAUGGAUCGGCGUGUGGCCACAACUGCACGAAUAUAUAUGUAAACCACAUUUUCUCACGUCUGCCCUUCCAUUAUCAUAUUUUGCCUGACUUCAACCUGACACGACCUAUUCGUGACAUUUAUUACCCACUUGGACCUUGUACGCUUAUCGAAGCAUUCUUGAUCGUCCCACCUCCGAUAUAUAGGUAUAUAUUCACUUAAGAAUGGACGCGCGCCAAUCCAUUAGCUUCCAGAAACAAACAAGCUUCGUAUGGGUGAUAGGGGCCACGAACAGGUAACCGCAUACCAGGCCGAAGUCGGCCAAGCUAUGACAGCAAAGGGGGUGACGACCGAGUAUGUGGGUGGGCCAGCUACGCCGGAUGUGUGUGCGCAUGUUUGGGUUUCAGGUCACAGCUGGUGGUCAGAAUUACGAUUGGCUGAUUGAAGGCAAACAAGCCCGAAACAGUACUGUAUCAACCUGCCACCAAACACUUUCGUCUCCUCCUCUGCUAUGUAUAUGUAAGUAUAUAAGAGUUUAUCUUGAUUUUCCGACGAGCAUUCUCCUUUAUUAUAUCGUCUUGGAAUGCAUAUUACCUCCGUUAUUCAUAUAUAUAUAGGUGUACAUGCAGGAAAAGAUAUCAGCGACGAGGAGGGAGAAUGAGUAUGCUAGAUCUGGCCCAUCGCUAAUCAUCGGCGUUGACGUACGACUUGCGUGUAGGCCCCAGAAGAACAUUUAUGGGUCCGCAUUCCCCACUGAUUCUUUGUCUGACAUACAGUUUCAUCGGCCUCAAUUCUCGCCUGAGUUGAGUCUGUCUACGCAAACGUCCGAUCUGAUUUUCUGUCCGUACUCAUUCUGAUUAAGUGGCGCUCGUAGGGUUUAGGAAGUCACAGGGAGAACCACACAAUUGUUGUUGGAACUUGUGCUGGUAUGCCAAUUCUCAGUUGCUUUUCAACUUGCUUGGCCGUUCCCUCGGCCCGAGAUUUGGACGUCCCGGAAAGUGAAGCUGUAUCCGGAAUUGGCGGAGUUACCUUCUUCAUCCGCACUGCCCAUGCAUGUGCACUCAUACGGGUCUGCGCUCGCUUAUUAAUCUCUCCAACAUAGUUCAUUUCCCAAGAAUUACACUGGUCACGAUGCCCGACGUUCUCCGUUCCAACUCGCCAUAGGGGGCUUUAGAUCUCAUGAUCGAACGUUCUGUUAUAGUCUCGUGUAUGUGAACGAUGUUGAUUCUUGGCGGUUGUAAGUGACCAGCACUUACUUCGACCACUUUCUCAAUAGACCAUAAUGCCCAUCAGAAUUUCAGUUUCUCCACUGUUAACCUCAUGGUUGGCUUGCAUUGUCUCCCGCGUUCUCUAAAGCCACGGUAUACCCGUCGGCAGUGGAAUUCGGUUAGAUGGAAUCAGUUUCUGCCCUCUUGUAAAUAAUUUACAUGUAGCAGUGUGUGUUAACUAUAGCGAUUGAGGAUCUAGCAGGUGUUAGUAGCCUUCCUGCGCAUCAUAGUCUGUACCGUCCAAGCGAUGAGAGUCUACUCGAAACGCAGCAAUUAUCAGGUCAAAUCCCGAGUUGUAGGAAAAGACAGAGUUAACCAGAGUGAGGGGUUUAUUGCAUACAGAACCCUGACUCGUCCUCUCAGGCGGCAGUGACCGAUGGCAAAUCCAGGGCUGGUGUUGACUGCGUCCAGUCAUGUCCGAGAGUUAGUGAGGCAGUGGAGGCAGCCGCUUUUGCAGUUUUCUGUUGCAUUUGCCGCACGGUGGCGUGUCCGUGUUGAAUUCGGUCAAAUUGUCACAGGUCAGCGCGUCUGGAACCGCCCGCUGCGAAGGCGGAUGACCUUGUUGCAACGGGGCCUUGAACAAGGACGCCAGACAUGCCUACGAUGGCCGUCGGCAACAAACCUUCAGGCUCCCCUUGACUUUUCGUCAAACGGUCACAUCAAGAAGGAACAAUUGAGUAUUACUCUUGCCUUUCUAACCAGGCAUUCCGUAUACAUACAGUGCAAACGGGGAGGACCGAGUCAUCCCAUCAAUUGACAGUCUUACAGCUUUUCAAGGCAUGAUUUUUCGCCCAUCCUGUCAGAUUUAUUAUAGUGAGGAGUGCACCGCAGUGCCUCCCUCUGCUUUUUCCCUCUCUUAUUCACUGUCCAAACCGGUCAGUCAUCCGACGUUGGGGCUGGGACCUGUCUGCGUGGCGAUGUCAAGACCUAACGAAUGUUACUUGCCGAUAAAUGAGGCGGCAAGGAUUAAGUAUAUGCGCGGGGCAAGAAAAUGCCAACUGUUGUUUACCAAAUGCGCCAGCUUCUUAACACUCCUGCUUUACUGACAGACGUAUGCAUUCCCUCCACAACUAUUUCGGGUAUUUUUUUACCACCUGACCGCUUUCUGUGUCGAACCCAAUUUUUAAAUUGAGCUUUCCUCUUAAUAAGGCAUUACGUGUAGCAUGUGCAAAUUCAUGAACCCGUGUAAACACUUCAGCAGUACCGGCUUCUAGAGGCGGUACAGGUGGACGUGUGUCAUCCUGCCGACGAAGAGCCGACUCAAAACCACAGAACAACACUUUUGAUAAAUAUAGUAGGCAGUUCUCCAUAAUUUACUUUACCCCAGGCAUGUACUUCAUCCUUACCAAUGAGGUUUCACGAAUCGUGUAGCACAAUAAUUAAACAUAAAACUAGUGUUUGAUGGAGAUAUCCACCUUCGAGCUCAGCCAUCGGAGCAAACUAUUUCCCGGAUAUGUCGCCUGGUGCAACUGCUGGCUAGUGAAGCAUGGAUAAUCAGGGUUUUGAACAACCGAGUGAACUAUCCGGAGACAGACAGUUUCCUUUCCAACGACCCCAUUGUCUUCCAACUGUGUUCAUUUAGUCGAUUGAUUUUUUGAGCCCUUUUCUUUAAACAACCGGUAAAUGAAUACUUUUAUUUUGGAACUUAGCGCCUGUUGUCCGUGAGUGAAGUUCUUUCUAAAACAGCUGAGGAUCGAUUUGACUGGUGAAUGUCUUCACUGCCCAGCAGCGCCUUUCUAACCGGAUGUUGGCAGUAGUCUCCGUCGGCUGGUGAGACUGGCCAGAAUCCUUGAUCCAAAAAAAACACAACUUAUUCCGACUCUGUUCACCAGGCGAAUUAACGUUCAUCUGCACUAUGAAGUAGCAUUUUAUUUCUUUCGAAGCGGCCGCCUUAACUACAUGUUCGCAUAGCGAAGCGUCAUCAGAAAUCUUUGUUCUGACAACUAAUCGUCUCUGGGGGAUUCAAGCAAUGAUUUAGUUUUCGCAUAUGCGUACGACCACCCCGGAAUAUCCAUCACAUCUGCUUCACACUCAGUUAACUUGCCAUUACCAUUUUAAUUUUGAAAAGCAUAUGAUUUAUAAGGCAAGGCCACUGCUGUGCUUUGCACUACGGGUUAAUCCCGGCCAAGUUAAACAAAUGCUGCCGUUCUCGGAGAGCUUCAUUUAUCCGGUUUUAAACGUUAAACCCCGUUUCUUUAAAACGGGAGACAAAACCUCAGUAAUCUCAUAUGCUUGAAACCUGAAUUAUGGCAUGAUUUUACAAUGUCCAUCUUGGUUUUUGAGGGUUGAAAGUAUAAAAACGUAGUUGGUACGGCCAGAACUCAAUCAAAGGAUACCAGACUGGCGUUCUGAAGCCGAAGCGAAUUUGUUAUGGAAUGAGGGCUAGCUGUUUGUUGCAGAGCAAUAGGUUAGGCAGCGGCCCUCCUUGGUUCUCGGUCUUCUCCAGUCUUCUGGACUCUGCUCUGAUAUCGGAUCCAGGUAGAAAGAGGAGAGAGAGAGAGAGCAGUAGAUGCCGCGCAAGUCCACUUCUAAGUCACCAUUCCUGCUGUGGAGCACACGGCAAAACCUCAGUAAUCUCAUAUGGUUGAAACCUGAAUUAUGGCAGGAUUUUACAAUGUCCGUCUUUGUUUUGGGGGAUUAAAAAUAAAAAAACGUAAUUGGCACGGCCAGAACUCCAUCAAAGGAUGCCCACAGACUGCGGAACUGUCACUGCCAGCAGAAAUCCUGCUGCCGAAUGACAGUUAUUCACAGCAGUCGUUCGAAAGGUUGUGCAGAGGAAGCCGCUCAACAACAGUAAAGUUUCAUCUACAGCCAAUCCGUUCGAUUAGGCUCAUUUCUGUUAAAUGUGGGUUUAACCUCUCACCUCCCCCCUGAUUUCGUCCCUUGCCGGCGUUUUCACCUGGACGGAGCGGAACUACUCGAACUGGCAAUAGUCCCACCAGGACCUGUUCCACAAUCGGUCAGGUCCCAAUCGCCGACCUUGUGAGACCAAGACCACUCGAGCCAUGUUGGUCGUAAGCCAGUCCAUUCCGAAGGAGCAAGUACCUGGAUUGGAAUGUGGGCACGUGUGACCAUGUCCGGGCUUAUGUCCGACUCCUCGCGCGCGCGCGCCUGUGUGAGUGCCAGCUACCUGUGUUGUGCUAACUGCCUCAGCUGAGAGGCAAUCCACCCGCUGAAAUUCCUGUGUGUACGGGCGCGCCCGCGCCUGUUUGUGCCUCCUCGGCGUCCGUAAGAGAACCUGCCUGCGUGCAUCUGCAUUCCAUCAGUCCACCUCUUGGUGAUUUUUCCCCCACAUGUCUGUGUGUGUGCACACAUCACACACUGCCGUCGUGCAGCACAGCAUCAGUCUGUGUGUGUGUGUCUGUGCGUCACGCACUUUGCCCAUGCGCACUGCAUAUCGAUCGGGCGACGCAGAUGUAACUACCGCUUGCCCGGCGGCGGCGGCGACGACGGUUCGCGCGAGGGAUUAGACCGGAGAAUUUGAGAGCUGCUGUGUGCGUGCUGCCUUUUGUGGGGCUGUUUGGGAGUGCGGUGUGGAAUGCAGAGCCCUCCAUCUAUGUCAUUUCCCAUCUGCUGCCUCUGACGCACAAUCUCAUAAUCACAAAGAACGACUUCCGCCUCCACAGCGGCAGACAGACACCUGCGCUCGCGUCACUGUCAAGUAGCGUUUCCUUGCUUGUUAAAAGGACAGAUAGGCUGAAACGUCCUAGUGACAAAAACAGUGUGUGUGUGUGUGUGUGUGUGUGUGUGUGUGUGUGUGUGUGUGUGAAAUCCGCAAAUGUUAGCUCUAGUAUCCUCUGCCUUUGCCGUUACUCCUUCUCUGCAUGUACUACUGGUCACUAUGCGACUGCUUGAGAGGGUUCUAGAGGGAGGGUGUAAGGGGACGAGCUCGUAUCGCAGCCUGAUCGGCAACCUCUUCCCACGAUAGUAUACAGUGAGUGACAGAUUGCAUAAAAUGGUGGCUGAAAUUCUGAAAUGCGUUUUCGAUUAGGAAGCAUUACUUGGUCGCGGUCGAAAUACUGAUUAUCUUGCGGCAUAAUCUUAUCACAGUUCGGACUGGGCAGGAUUUCAACUUUUGAAUACACUGCUUUUCAAUCUACUGUGGAAACCUUACUCGGUAAAAAAUGACUGCUUAAGUAGCAUGCGUUUUUCCCACUAAUUUUCGAUGGUCUUCCAAAUCCAAAUAUGUCUAUAGAAACCAUAAACAAUUAAUAGCGGAUCAUGUCUUCUUUAUAUUUUAUACUUAAGUAAGGAGUAUAAUUAGGUUUUUAAAAAAUUUUCUAAUUGCCGAAUAAUUUGGAGCCUGAUCAUUCGUUGCAUUGGCGCUUAGUGAUUUCAAUCUACAAGGUGCAUGCGUCCCGCCUAACGAAAAUCACAUACUUUUCUAUGCCAUUAAAAAGGUUUCAUAUGUAGCCCAUAAAAUUUUGUAAUGGGUGCGGACUGCGGUAAACGGCCAGAUACGAUGCUAUGUGAAGGGACAUUGCGCGAUCUUAAAAAAUCCCAUAAUUAGAAACGGCUAGAUCGCAGUUGGCAGCCAGGAAUGGGGAAGCGGACGGUGACCUUAGCCCUAAUCGUAACCUUAACCCGAACCCUAGCCCUAAUCGAAAUCGUAAACAUAACCGUAGGUCUUAGACAUAGCCCUAACUGUAAAACCUAACGGUAAUACCGGAACCUAAUCGUAAACUCAAACCCUAACCGUAACCCGAAAACCUAAGCCCAAAAGGCAUAACCCUAACCCGAAAAUCGGACACCAUUAACCGGUACCCUAAUCCUAACCUCAAACGUAUAACGGAAGCCAAACGUCAGGGUUAACGGUUAACGUUUAAGGUUAAGGUUAGGGUUAGUGUUACGGUUACGAUAAGGGUCAAGGUCGCCGUCCGCUUCCCCAUUCGUGGCUGCCAACUGCGAUCUAGCCGAAAACACAUUUUGGAAUUGCGGUUAACACUUUAACACACCCCCGAUGCAUUAAUGAUAUGCGUUAAGGCAUGUCGAAUCUUCCGAUUUUGCGGCGGGCAUGAUUAGACGGAGUCAUGAGGACUUUUAGGCAGUCAUUCAGAGUAAAUUAGCCGCGGAGAUAACUGGCCGCAUCCGUCCUUUCGUCUAGGGUUAAUUUUGUAGGUCUGUCUCUGUCUGAAGAUCAUCCGUAUAUAGUUAAACUCGUGUACCGUGACCUGAUUAAUACAGAGACUGGGGAUCUAUUUUGCCUUGUUUAAUUUCCGAGUAAGUCCUUCGAAACGGACUUCUUCAGGUACGGUCCGAAAUGGGAUGUGUUGUCAGUGCGGGGAUUCAGUUGAACUUUGUUCCUUUUACGCUGUUCUUCCCUGUAUGAGAUUCGAGAAGCCUGAUACCUUUAGUGAAGACCAGGUUGUGUGGAAACGUGUAGAUGAGCUGUUUUGUCUUUGUAAAUCACUGUACCCACACCCACCGUCUGUCGCCUCGACAUCGUCUUGGCAUCGGAGAAGGUGGGUGAUGGAAGAGAGGAUGCGGUGGAUGCUACGCAAGUCUGCCUCACUCCAAAAUAAUUCACUCGCAGAUCACCAUCCUGCGUGCACUCCGUGGGGCAUGCGAUGGACCGGUUCUCGUUAACUGAAGGUAAUCAUCGCUAUCACCUGCCGGAUCAGCUCUAUGAUCGAGUCGGCACAUUUGUCUCCUUAUGAGUUCCCCACAAAAAAUAAAAUCAAUAUUUAGGCUAGAUCCGAAGAAGUCUAACAAGUUCCCAAUUUUGAGAUGGACUACUUGAAAAGAAUUAAAAGACAAAGUUACCCGUACCUGAGUCCUGAAAAAGUCCGAUAUCUCGGAUCGUUUUCUUUGUGUAGAGAAUCUGCGGUCCACGCUAGCGAUCAUUGGUGAAAAAUCUAUCAAUAUGCAGUUGACACGGGCGGACCUCGGUUACAGCGACUUCUAAGCCAACAAAUGUGUUUACUUCAGGGGCGCUUGACAUCUACUGUUAACCUCACAUGGGGACAAAGGCUGAUGAAUCGAGAAAUGGGGAGGAAAUUGUAUGCGGAUUUUGUUGAGGCCAUCUGAAGUUGUUUCGUCUUUCUGCUUAAAUUCCUGCAUGGCAUAGAAACUUUGAAAAGACGAACGGUACCUGCUAGAUGUCUGACCAUUCAAGACGGCCAUUCCAUUCUCUUCCUACCGAACUCCCAGGUCCCAUCCCUGUUCCCCCUGGUUUGGCCACAACCAGGUAACUAUUUCGACAAAAUCAAUCCCGAUAAAGAUGGCCGGUGUAUCUCCCCAGCCACAACUACUCUCCGAAGGAGCCUUCCUCGGUAAUGGAAUAGGAUUCAGCCGUAUCUUGGCGCUGUGUCAUUCCAGCCACCCCGUUCUCCUUUAUCUCCGGUGGCUAUGGCCCAUUUUUGGCCCUGGAAUAAGGGUCGACACCGCACAUGUCUCCCUAACUAUAAUCAAACGGAGACAUAACUGAACUAUAACAGUGCCUAAAGCGACCUAUCUUGUAAAUGGACGGGCUAUCCCGCUUUGCGGGACUGAGUGUCACGAUUCGAUGGCUCGCCCAAAUCUGACUUAGAAAUAUGUUUCUCAGUGUGGAACCCCAGUGAGUGAGAUCUGGUCUCUGUCGGCUUGCGAGCCGGCACAUUGGAGCCGAUCUAUGUUCUAUAGCUUCAUUGUAGGCGUUGCUAUCAGCACGAAGUGGUAUGACGUUGCCAUCAGUCUCGAUGGUCGCCCCUGUACCAAAGCCUCAACCAACUCCCCUAAUGAGGGCUCAGCAACAUGGUUGGAAGAAGAGAGGUGUACUGACGUAUUUCUAAUACCGUAUUUCAGACGAGCAUGGAACAUAGGAGAAUAUCCAAGGCUCAACUGAAACCGGACCAAUCAGAUAGUGUCCUUGAGCGGUUAGCUGUCAUCUGUCUGGUUGGGUUGACCUUCGGUCCCGUCGAGAGCCGGCACGACAUCGCCACGCGCACGCCAUGUGGAUGGAUCGGUCGGGCGGCGUGCUGGCGAGUCGGUUAGGACGGCUCCUCCUAACACGAGGGGCCCCAUGCAUCGUUUGACCGGUUUGUGUCUGAAUUCCUAUGUAUAGGUUACCUGUCCUGCUAUCGUACACCUGGAUCGUUCAGUUAACUUCGUAAGAGCGAAGUCAAAUGUGUGCUUUAGGUCUUGUCUGUGUAUUGUCAGAAGACGUAAUAGGUCUCCACGUCGAGCGGUCAUUUUGUCUUCGUGCAUUUAACAGGGAAUCGUGUAAAGACCUGACAGAUACUUUUUCAGCGAUAAUACCCAUGUAGACACGUAAGUCAAGUCCGGCAAACGUACGCUUUCGAUUAUUCAUCAUCAGACCUGUACCGUAACAUAAGGGAGGGCAGAAUAGCAGAAGUUAAACAUCCAAUAAAAGUCAGUGUGGGGCGGAGGGUUGAGGGGUGUUAUGAGGUCAGAUUCUAGUUCUGUCUGGGGCGUAGGGAAGGGGGAUGGGGCGGUGUCUGGCGAUUAGCUGUCCGCCCUUCAUCGCGAUAAAGCGACGUGGAGGGUGUGAACACAUAUGCUUGGUUUGUCUUUAUCCAGGGGGGCCUUAGCGCCUGUACAUACGCCUAGUGCGAUCACAAGGCCCGGUUGGCUAACCGUAUGACCACUGCCUCUGUCGUUGCAAUUAUUCGCUGACGCGGGAACUUGGAGUGUCUUGCCGACAGCUUAGAUCACUUGGAAUGCUUAGUUUACGUCCAUCUGGUGGCCGCUGUAAGUCAAGUGAGAAACAAGUGCGCUAGGGAUAGACUUUUCCGAAUUAGCCACGCAGGAUGGUUCUCUCGCAUCCGCUUAGAUAGACGCCUAGCAGUUCGACCAAUAUAACCUGCCGACAAAAGCAAGUGAAGGCGUAGAUGCACAUUGAAAAGGUCUGAAAAGUUAAGCUAUCCUUAACUUUAAGCCGAAGAAACGGAGAGCUUGUGAAAACCAGUCUCAGCGUAUGGGUACGUGUGCGCGAUAGCAGCGUUUAAGCGACGAGGUAGGAGUUUGCUCGCCGGAUAUCCUGGAAAUGGCAUUGUGAGAAAUAGCUCCUUCUUCUCAGCUGUCGGCACAUCCGAUUUUGGAGGGCGUUCCGGCUAGAUCGCAGUUGGUAGCCAGGCCCCGUGUUGCAGAUGGCUGGGGGUUCGUUUACUGGGGCUAUUUUGUGGGGUUCCAUACUCUCAUAUGACCCAUUUGGCUUCCGUUUUACGUUUGAGGUUAGGAUUAGGGCACCGGUUAAUGGUUUCCGAUUUUCAGGUUAGGGUUAUGUCUUUAGGCCUAGGUUUUCGGGUUCCGGCUAGGAUUUGAGCGUACAAAUAGGUUCCAGUAUUACGGUUAGGCCUGUCAGUUACGGCUCUGUCUAAGGGUUACGGUUAUGUUUACGCUUUCGGUUAGAGUUAGGGUUAGGAUUGCCGUUAGGGUUAACGUUUAACGUUUAAGGUUGAGGUUAGGGUUAGGUUUAAGGUUGGGAUUAGGGUUGAGGUCGCCGUCCGCUCCCCAGUCCUGGCUACCACCUGCGAUCUAACCGGCGUUUUCCCCGUAUAUUUGUUGAUAAACUCUUCAGGGUGGACGUUUUCUAGCAGUGUUUCGCAUAAUUGCAAGCUCAUUGUCAAGCCUACCUGGAGUGCAUAUUCUCCUAGCUCUGUUGGUGAGACAGCGGGCCAAGCUUCGUUUCUGGUUUAGGGGAACGAAACUGUAGAAAUUUGUGUAUUUUUCUGUCCAUGUUUCCUUGCAAAAUACACUUCUACUAAUUUUUUCAUCCGGCAUUCGAUUAAGUAGGACAUCAUGAAAGGGGAGGCACUCUCCCUCGUCUUUUUCCACGGUAAAGGUUAACGCUAAGUGAUCCUGAUUCACGUUAUACAGGAGGGUGCUCAAAUCAAGCUUUUCAUCCGCAAUAGCGCAAAUGUCAUUAACAUAUCGAGUUCUUAAAUAAAGGUCCUUUAUCAGUAGACUGAGCUGGGUUUUUCUUGGUUUUCCCGUAAAGACAUCAACUAAUAACGGUCCAAGGAGAGACCCUGUCACCACGCUGUCGAUCUGGCGGUAAAAUUGAGGGCAUGGCUUGGUUCCGCAGCCCUAACUGCGUGAUUCUAUAUGGUUAAUAUACUAAAACCAUUUUAGUUACCAUACGUAACUUAACCACUCGCUGGAUUAGGAAGGGAAAGGAAGCGCAGGAAGAGCCCGAGGCACGCGCAGGGAAACGAGCGAAGGUGGCGCGUACGCACACCCCCCCCCCGACACAGCCACUCACUGAAUGUCGAUGUCAGGGAGGGAGUAAUCACAACUGGAAGGCCACUGUGGGAACCGCGUGGUCAUUCGCAAUGCAUGGUCAUUGUAGUGGAACCGACGGAUUACCACACAGUCAGAACAAUUCCAUUAGCAAUUUUACACGGCCAUUUGCUGGAUUAAGAUAAUAGAGAGAGCGCAGGCAGAGCUCGAAGCACGCAUCGGGAAGCGCACGUGAAAUGAUAUCUGAAUUAACCGAGGCAGGCGUAUAAGCUCUCCUCGCCCGUGGCACAGUUACUCGCUGAACUAAAAUGGUAAGGAAGAUGCAAACACGUGAUAUUUGCGAAGUCAACGUAUCCGCAUCUACCACGAUUUUGUUUGUAAGUUAACCACUCAGGUGGGACUGCAGGCCCAAACCUCGCCAAAUUGACAACCGAAUUCGAAUUGGACAUUUGGCGUGCAGCGAAAUCUUUAAAAGUCACCAAAGUUCGCUUCGGUGACCUUCAUUUUCAUACGCUGUUCGCUGUGGAGAUUUCUCGGACACGCACACGUCUGCGUCCCAAUGUCCAUCCUAUCUGUCAGACAUGAACAUCUAUGCGUUGAAUGCGAGUUCUGCUCCGUGUAUCUGGGCAGUAUUUUUAUGUUGCUAGUUUCAACUCGAUAAUGUGCGCCAGUUAGGGAAUGGGAUUGCACUAGAUGGAGCACAAGUAGUUUCCAGUGGUCGCACAAAAACUUUGUUUCCACACUGCGACCUAGCAAUGUAAUUAACAAGAUUUUAGGGCUAUUGCGUACCUGAGAUUUUCAAACCAAUUUCCUCACAGGAAUAAAAAUGUCGACGCGCCAAUAUGAACUCCUCUCUAUUGUGCUAUCUUCCAGUGUAGCCUCCUCCCUCGGACCUACUUCUUCUCAUACUCAGUGGGCUUUUGAAAAGUACUUUUCAGGCCUUAUUUUGCACGGUCUUUUAUGCACAUAUAGGUGGCGAUAUGAUGUCGCUUCUGAUCAAGAAGGAAAUUUUUGAGGAAGACUUGACCCGGUUCUACAUUGCCGAGUUGAUCUUGGCUCUGGAGAGUGUGCAUCGUCUUGGCUUCAUUCAUCGGUGAGUAGUCUUUCUGACAAGUGUAUCAUAACUUAACUUUAAGGGGACCUCAUAGACAAUUGUUCUUUUAAUUUUCUCUUUAUUUUACUCACUCCCUCUCUCACACUUGAAAUCUUGUUCGGCAUUUAAAUGUUCUUGCUUUUUUGUUAUUUGGUUUCCUGGGAUCUCCCAGUAGGCGCCUAGCCAUCACUUCUGACCGCAGUUUAUGUGCCAUGCUAAAGUUCCUUCUUUUACGUGACCCAGUGUAUUUUGAUGUAACCUCAUGGACGUCCGUGGUACAGCAUGUGUUGAAAAGGUGCAUUGAUAUGGACUCCUAGCAGCUGUUUGACUUUUGCAUCAUUACUUGCGGGUUGUCCGCGCUCCUCACAGACAGUUUGUUGCUAGCGUGCCGACCUUUAAUACGAAGAACUCUUGUAAAGAGUUUCUUUCAUUUUCUUCAUAAAUGUGUCACUGAAGUCAGACACUCAUAACUUGUUCGUUUUUGUGAAAAAACAUGUUCUUAGCACCUGCCACACCCACAUUUUCUCUUUUUUAUCCUUAAAUCUUCAAAAACACUCCAUGACUUCCUCAUUUAUGUGUUCCUACGUUGGUCCACAUGAAACUUUAGAACAGAAGACUUUGUAGGUCAUCAAAGUUGACUAUUUUUACGACCCUUUUGUUGCAUAGGGACAUCAAACCAGACAACAUUCUAAUUAACCGUGAUGGACAUAUAAAGUUGACGGAUUUCGGUCUAUGCACGAGUUUUCGCUGGACACAUAAUUCCAAGUACUGGGAUCCGAUUUUUUCAAACCCUCAAUCCGGUGAGUCAAAUCAAGAAGGUGCAAACACCGGUGCAGAUCAACAGCAGGAGGCCGACUCUGGAAAUGCCGAGAGGGAUGAUCAACUCCACCCAAUGCAUGAUCAAACCCUUGACAGAAGGAUCAGAAGCUGUUCCAACCGUCGUUGUGCUAGGUCGCUUGUUGGCACACCGAACUAUAUCGCCCCUGAAAUUCUGCGUCGCCAAGGUGAGUCUCGCCAGUCUGCGCUCGCAAAUUCUUCAGCCGUGUUUACUCACUAUAUUACAGUAGGCGUAAUUUAUAUAUUUGCAUUUUGUCUUCGUGGUAGAGUAUAACCAAGCGUGUGAUUGGUGGUCAGUGGGCGUUAUACUGUAUGAAAUGCUCGUCGGCCGUCCACCUUUCGUCGCUCAGACGGCCCUGGACACACAGAUACGUGUGGUCCAAUGGUCGCGCCAUCUUCGCAUUCCCGGUGAACCGCGUCUCCAUCGUGACGCCGCUGACCUCAUCCGACGCCUCCUCUGCGACCCCGAGGACCGAUUGGCCGACCCGCAACAGCUGAAGAAACACCACUUCUUCGCCGAGAUUAAUUGGGAAAUCCUCCCCACACAGAAGCCUCCAUACGUCCCAGUGGUAAAAACCCUACCUUUACAGCUCUCAGUCUCGCUUUAUGACGUUGAUUUUUUUCCUCUGUCAGUCCAGGCAGCGUUCUCUGUUGGGAAAUGAGAUUAGAAGUGUGGAGGACAGACCAAUUUCUCCAUUGAUGCCAAAAAGCAAAAAUAUACCUCAAAGAUCCGUCUACUUUCCAGAACAUUAGUAGUACGAAAACUUGAUCUCAUGCGCUGAACAUAGUAUUUUGCGUGGGAGACGAAACAAGAAAGGCUCAACUCCGCAUUAGCCCAGUAGGGAAAUGGGACUGACGAAGUACGAAAAAUCGCCCACAUAAUGAAAACAUAAGUUACUGAAAACUUCUUGUCGUUCCGCUUCGUCUGUAACUGAGUUUGAACACUUACUUCCACCACAAUAGGGCGACGGGACUCGGUAAAUGUCCCACGGCAAUGUUGGUCCGCUGGAUAUCAAUCUAUUUGCAGGAGUUAGUGUUUGAAUUUUAAAAAGUAAGCGUUUGAGUGCUUCUGCACCACAUAUGCCUGACCGAACAUUUUAUUUCUGUCAUAUCCAUCGGCUAUGAUUUCCAGGACUUACUGAACCCACUGACGAGCCAAGUGCGACAUACGUCCUAAGACAGAGCUUCUGCAACUGGAGCACUUGGGCGUGUCAGAGACUAUUCUGCCUUUUACCGUAUUUCCUUAGCGUGAAUAAUUUGAUGGUUUGAAGGCCAGUGUGUAAAGGAUUGACGCCGACUAAAAUUUGACAUUCAAUAGCGGCAGGACUUGGCUUGGCAGGAGACCUUUGCUUUAUUAUUUUUAAGAAUAGUAUUGAUGAACCGACUUUAUUUUUAUUUAAUACACUGGAAUGGCCGCGUAUAAAAUCCACAAGUGAGACGAUGGAGGAACGUAGAAUUUAACCAAAGUCGUUUCUUGCGGUUCUCCAACGCCUACGUCCACAAUGUCCGAUAAAUUUCGAGGUUCAUCGUUUCUGUAGGGGCAGAUUUGCACGGGACAUCGAACUGGCGUUCUUCCCGUAAGAACUGCAUCGCAUCAGCUGUAAAAACCUCCAUGGACUGUUGUAGUCGGCUGUCCUACGACACCUUCGGUCCAAAAUAUCUCCGUUCGGGAGAUUUUUGAUGGCAGCGAUUUAUCAGUUAAUUUGCGGCGCAUGUGGAAUGUUUACUUUCCAAGGGCAAGCCCUAAUCACUGAAGAAACGCUAUGGGGUAGAAUUUGCUAAAAUUUGCAAAAGAUUGAUCUCUACAGAUUCCAACUGCUAAUAAGUUUGAUUCGUACUCCAAAAGUCGUUUAGAUGACUGUUCUGAGAGGGAGUAAUUCGCAGAGUUCAUCCCCCCUGGAUGUGGGACUUAACCCUCUGAAUUUUCCUGCUUAUUAGAGUGUCGUCGACCGGAUAAUCCUUUUUAACUUGCGGCUGACUGGCAAGUCGAAAACGUACCAUCUAACUUCGCUUUCUAAGCCCUUGAAUGACUUACCCAUAAGGUGGUUUACUCGAUGGCCUUCUUCCUAAAUAGUGAUUAUUUUUGAUGCUGUUUACGAAAUUACGAGAUUAGUAUUGCAUGAAAACUUGUGCCCCCGGAGACGAAACACGAACCCUGAUCUUUCGAGCGCUCUGACUACCCCAUAAACCCUGGUAGAUGUUUUAAUCAGAGUAGAGAGAUCGGUCGUUCGAUUACAUCCGAGGACGCCAGGUUUCCAUCUAAGACGUUUUUCAAACCUCUUCUUUUAGCAACUGGCCAAUAGACCUAAUUCACAGCCCCCCCCCCUCUCAUGACUUUAGAUCAUGGACGAGCUGGAUACCUCCAAUUUCGACGCUGUGGAUGACGAUGUAGACAAGGAGGAACCCGAGGGGUCUCAGAGCAGUGCGAGUGGCACCUUUGGCCUUUCUGGUGCACCACACUCCUUCCCGGACUUCACAUUUAAACGAUUUUUUGACCAAGACAACCCCAAUCGCUGCUAA